AUGAAUUUGGGAUUGUUUAAUCGCAUGAAUUUGAAAGAAGAUAAAAGGAAAGGUAUGUACUCGGAAUGGACGUCCCUGAAUUUGUUUGCCCAAAGGGAAGACGAGGACGGUUGCAAAAGUGUAUUAGAAAAGUUUGGAUUUCCCAUUAGCAAGGAAAUUACAUCGGUUUUGGUUCAUCAGUUAGCUGGUAAUCUAGGCAUAACGCAGCCAGCCGAGCCCAGCCAUUUACUCUCCGAUAAAGAUGUUCAAUGGUGCAUGGAAGUAUUGUGUUUUGGAUUGUCUCUUCCAUUGUCUGAACACGAAGCUAUAAAAGAUUGUGUUAACGUGUAUUGCGAGUGGCUUACAGCUUUAUUACCCAUUCCGAAAGUUUGCGUUCCACAACCGAUUUUAGAUGAUCCUAAUGUUUAUUGCAGAAAAAUUAUUGGUCAUUUGCAUUACCUGUUUGUUCCUCGCAAAGGAGAAGACUGGCCAUUUCUUUAUCAGGAUUUAGGUUUCGAUACAAUCCACAGACAAGCCGUAUUUUGUCACAGAGUGCUUAGAACUCUACAACAAAUUGCACACGAAUCCAAAAUUCUCGAAAGAGAUACAUGGGAGGCCCUCUUAUUAUUUUUAUUAGGUAUAAAUGAUACCUUAUUGAGUCCACCAACUGUGAAAGAUGACGUUGCUGAUCAGCUGUGCGAAAGAGUACUUAGCGUGCUUUUCGAAGUAUGGCUGAUAGCUUGCGCACAGUGCUUUCCAUCACCUCCUUUGUGGAAAACGUUAAGAGAAUCCUGCAUGAAUUGGAGGCACCGGGUGGCUUUGAUCGAGCAAUGGAAUAGAGUGAAUCUUGCGUUAACUUCAAAGGUUCUUUUAUUUAUGUACGGUCCUGCAUUUCCAGAAUUAAAAAUCGGUGAAGAGGAUUUAAUACCUGCAGGGAUGUCGAAUGAUUGCAUCGCACAAAGUUGGUACAGAUUUUUGAAUACCAUUGGUAAUCCGGUGUGUCUCACGAAACCCAAAGUGAUUAGCCAAACCGAGAAAUUCCUUCAAUUCGCUAUAAGCACAGACAGCGUAAUUGACCCUUGCCAGCAUCCUUGCCUGGAAAGUUUGCCUUUGAUAUUCCUAAAGGCCAUCAAAGGCAUAGCCGGCCAGGUCGACGCCUUCUUGGGUAUUGCACAGCCCAUCUGGUGGGACAACGUAGUGACCGGCGUUGCCGGUAGCGAUAAGAACAAGGAAGCACCGCCGAUCACACAUUCACCUACACCACCUACUCAACGUCGGCUAGCUAAAAGCUUUAGUGUUACACCAUCUUCAGUCAAUAAGGGUAUUCCGAAGACUUCUUUAAUAGGAUUAACUACAAGUCGUAGUUCGGUUGUACAACCGCCUGUUUCUAGUUUGGGGCAGUCUUCAGCUUCGAGCACUUCUUCUUUAGUAUCAUUUGGUUCUGAACCCCGAACACCGCUGGCGCCGGGAAGGACCAAAUGCAACACGAUUUUGCAUCUAUUCGGCGAAUGGCUGUUCGAAGCAGCUUUCAUCGGAGCCGAAUUACCGCAGAAGCACACCAGCGAUUCUAAACGGCCCAAUUCGAUUGUGAUGGAUUCGAAAACGUCGUUGAAUUUUUCGCAGCCCGGCUCGAUGACCGACAGUACCGAAGUACCAUUGCAUCUGACCAUCGAUAAGUACGAAAGCGGCAAAGCCGAAGCCCUGGGCACUUUGUGUCGCAUUAUGUGCGCUAAGAAAACCGCCGAAGAAAUUCUACCCGUAUAUCUCGGAAGGUUUUAUCUGGCGAUUUUGCAAGGUUUGAAAGUGCCGGCGAAUCGAGAGUGCGGCGAAUGCAUGGUAGCCAUUUUGACGAAUUCGACGAAUCUCUUCCAUCUGGAUUUAGAUGGCGCUCGAAUAUUAAUCCCGUCGUUCGUAUCCGCUUUGGAGAUCGUACUUCCCGACAAAGAUUUGAAAUUGAAAAACCCCUGCAUAAACAAAACCGAACUGAGAAAGUGCUGCAUUCAAUUGCUCCUGUCCAUGUUGGUGUUGCCGUUGCAUUUUCAAAAUGUCGCCAUUAAGGAGCUCAUCAAUACAGGUUCUAACGAGAAACCGAUGACAUUCCUCCAGCUCAAACCGAAGUUAAUGAACUUAUUGAUGAACGCAUUGCAAAUAGAAUCUGAUCCGCACAACACUCACAUGCUGCUGGGCGGUUUGUUCUUGUGCGUACAAGAUUCGGCGAUAUUCGAAAAAGUCGAGCAAGUAACGCAAACCUCCACGGAAGGUUCGAACCUCCUCAGUUCAGCUUCUGACACCGCAAGUAUGGCGAGCAUGGCUAGCAGUGAUCGUUCGACGACACCCGAUCAGUUCAGUUCCAACGAAUAUGAUCCGUUGUUCUUACCUUUAGAUUCAGCGCAUGCGCUAUUCGUUAGAGCCACUUACUUGGUGUGUCACCGGUUAAUAUCCUCGUGGAAAGCGGAUUUGAACGUUUCUCUAGCAGCGUUGGAACUUUUAUCCGGUUUGGCGAGAAUUCACAUUAGGGGAUCUGAUGCAAUGGAAUGUAAAAGAGCCGUCAAAUGGUUAUGUGAUUAUAUUGUAUCGCAAUGUUCGAAACCGCCUCCGGCCCAUUCGAAAGACUUGCAUUCCACCAUUGUAGCGGCUUUCCAAUGUUGCUGCGUCUGGCUGUUGGAGCAUCCUUACUUGUUGCGCGACAAAGAUUGCUUAACGACGGUACUGGAGGUGGCCGAAUUGGGAAUCUCCGGCGCGAAAUCGAUCGGUAAACCCGGCGAGCCGGUGAAGAUGAAGGAGGAAAAAGACCUGAAACCGGCUUCGAUGCGCGUGCGCGACGCCGCCGAGAAUCUCCUCGCCUGCAUAUUGGAACAAGUCGGCUAUUUCCCCAGCGAAUGCGGACCGGAAUCGAUUUCGUCGCUGCUCGACGAGCUGGCUCUACUGAAGCACUGCAAUUCGUGGCCGACGAACUGCAACGAUCAGACCGUCGCCGUGGAGAAGUUCCGGUACUUCGUCACCGAAGGUUCGGUGAUGAUCGCUUUGCUGGAGGAGCCGCUGGGGAACGAUCAGGAUCCACAACCGACAGUGACUCUGUUGAUUCGAGGUCCGUUCGGUCGGCACGCUUGGACGAUGCAAUUGCGCCAUCUGCCUAGGCAUAAAUCGGGUACCAAGUACCACCCGCCUAACGCUUGGCGACCCGUCGUCAUGCAGGAUUCUCCGGUGAGGUCUACGGUCAAGCAAAAGUAUUUCCCUGACAGCGUUGAAAGAGUCAUGCAAUGCAAAGUCGAUCAAUCUAUUCCAUCGUUGGAUUCCGUUUUAAGAGGCGACGAAACGAUAGUGAGAGAAAUUAACGCUAUCUCGCAAUUAGUGAGUAAACAGGUUUUGAUCGAGAAUAAUAUAAAUCAAACGAAGUCGCUGCAAAAUUUGAACGAAUUCUCACCGCCUCCCGUUUGUCACGAUUUCCAAACGGCCCGCCUGUUUUUGUCCCAUUUCGGACUGUUGCCUUUGGACGAACCUUUGAAUCCGGACGAAACCACGCGAUUAGCCGUUUUGGAUAACACCGCCGGCGACUUUUGCAAAGACCUCAACAUCUUAGACAGCAUGAGCCCCAGGACUUGUAAUACCGUUCACAUUUUCUACGUCAAGUCCCAACAGACGCACGUUCAAGAUAUAAUAAGCAACGUUUCGAACGAAAAUUGCUUGUCGCCGUAUUUCUCGGAAUUCGUGCACAGCUUAGGUUGGCCUGUUAGAGUCGACACCCAUCCAGGUUGGACCGGUAACGCGUCUACCAGCUGGAAAAUACCUCCCAACAACAACGAAGAAACCCAACCAAUGGAGAAACAAACCUCCUACGAUGGAUCAUCGCAUGUGAUCUACUGGGCGGACGCUUGUACGGAAAUAGCCUUCGUUAUACCAUCCGAAUACAAACCCGGAGACAGUUCCUCCGAGCAAUCGAAUUUCAACGCCAACAGUUUGUCGUGUAGAAACGAAUCGUGGAGCGAAAAGAGCUGGUCAGACAAACGAGCUUUAAGUUUAGAUUUGGACAAGCAACCCAUCCCACCCAAGAGGAGCAUACAUAAAUCUAAUUUACACCCGCACACGAAUACUAAAAUAAUGGUGGUUUGGUUAGAGAGUUUCGAAGACCAUUUGAACCUACCAGUAGACGAUUUGCUUCAUUGCACAAAUACCGGUUUAGAGAAAUCGACGGUUCAGAAGCACGAAGAAGUGCUAAUUAUAUUUUUGCACAUAAUGUCCGCGGGGUUGCUGCGAGUGCAUUUACGAGGCCCCACCGGAAGGGUCGGGCUGGCUUCGCCUUUGAUAGACGGCAUGGUGGUGAGCAGACGAGCUUUGGGGCCUUUGGUGAGGCAUACGGCGAUAAAUAUGGCGAGGCGGAGGAGAUUAGAUAGCGACAGUUAUCAAUCGCCGCAUCUUAGGAGGAGAAUAAAAAUUCAAGAAAUUGUGCAAAAAUAUAAUAGGCAAAUGAGUAAACCGGAAUUAUUGACGUAUUUAUUUAGUAAUUAG